AUGGCAACAAAAACAGCUCGGAAGGUCACGGCGUCAAACCAUCAACAACUCAGACGCGCAUCACCACCUCCAGAAUCAAUGUCAACUCCGAUAAAAGGACGCAAGUCAAAAGCCAAAGACGCAAAGAAAACGAUACCAGGGAAGCGGCCAAGUAAUGUUGAGCUUAACGCUGCAACACAACUAACGAGUCUCCCAUGUACAGCCGGGGAUCCAACUCCUCAAGGAAAACGCCGCCGCUACAAGCCAGGCACAGUAGCCUUAAAAGAGAUCCGCCGCUACCAACGCUCCUUCGACCUCCUAGUCGCAAAAUUACCCUUUGCCCGACUCGUGCGCGAAGUCGCGCUCGAUUUACUCCCCGCAGAUGUUGGUGCCGAGCUGCGCUGGCAAUCAUUCGCCAUCCAAGCGUUACAAGAAGCGGCCGAGGCAUUCCUGGUCCACCUGUUCGAAGACACAAAUCUUUGUGCAUUACACGCGAAACGAGUGACUAUCAUGCAGAAGGAUAUUCAACUUGCGCGCAGAAUUCGUGGGGUGUGGGGUGGUCUUGGUUGA